CCGGUUUAGCUGCUGCGCGCGCCGCUGAGUUCCAAGCAUGGAGGCAGGCGGGUUGGGUCGCUCCGUGUGCGUGCUGACCGGGGCCUCCCGGGGCUUCGGCCGCGCCCUGGCCCCGCUGCUGGCCCGGCUGCUGUCGCCCGGUUCGGUGCUGCUCCUGAGCGCACGCAGUGACUCGGCUCUGCGGCAGCUAGAGGAGGAGGUGGGCGCACAGCAACCCGGCCUGCGAGUGGUGCGAGCAGCCGCCGACCUGGGCACCGAGGCCGGCUUGCAGCAGCUGUUGUACGCGGUGCGCGAGCUCCCCAGGCCCGAGGGUUUGCAGCGCCUGCUGCUCAUCAACAACGCAGGCACUCUUGGGGAUAUUUCCAAAGGCUUCCUGAACGUAAAUGACCCAGCUGAGAUCAACAGUUACUGGACUCUGAACCUGACCUCCAUGCUCUGCUUGACCUCGGGCACCCUCAGUGCCUUCCCAGAUAGCCCUGGCCUCAGCAAGACUGUGGUUAACAUCUCAUCUCUGUGUGCCCUGCAACCCUUCAAGGGCUGGGCGCUGUACUGCGCCGGGAAGGCUGCUCGAGACAUGUUGUACCAGGUCCUAGCUGCUGAGGAACCCAGCGUGAGGGUACUAAGCUAUGCUCCAGGUCCCCUGGACACAGACAUGCAGCAGUUGGCUCGAGAAACCUCCAAGGACCCAGAGUUAAGGAACAGACUGCAGAAGCUGAAGUCGCAGGGGGAGCUGGUGGAUUGUGGGACAUCGGCCCAGAAACUGCUGAGCUUGCUGCAAAAGGACACCUUCCGGUCUGGAGCCCACGUGGACUUCUAUGACAGUUAAGCCCAUGUCCUGCCACAGUGCCCCCCCCCCAACCCUGCCUAACGCAAAUAAAAGUCCUCAGACACGGCCA